AUGAGCGCCGACGCCCAGGCGUGCCUAGAUUCGUUUGCGUUUUUCUCCAAUACCCCUCUUGUGGUGCAGCAGCCUCCUGCACGUCGACUGCUAGUCGUGAUUCCUUUACGGCGUGAGUGUUGCUCUCGGUCAUGCGACUCCAGUGCUCGCGUCACGUAUUUUACCGCUCUAACGAGUACAAGUAUCCAUCCGGCUCAAGCAGGUGUAGCUUUUGUCGAGUCGCGUGGUGUGGUGCUAUUCGAAGCGGGACAACAACGUGCGCAGCUUGCACGGGCGUUUGCAGUAAGACUCGAAGCGCCGAUGAAUGCGUCCACAACAGCUCGUUUAUCAACCGAGAUUAUAAUGGAUACGCUGCAGCCUUCCUCGUCGGGCUCGAUCGUUUGA